AUGAACAAACAGAGUAAAAAUCAAAAAAAAGAACUUUCACCUAUGAAACUUUACCUUAUGAAUAUGAAUGAGAUCAUAAAGCAUGAAUUAUUCAGAAAUAUUGGACAUCUAUCAAUGACAUGA